UUGAUAUUUUAGCGGCGAGUGAACAGCUUGUAGAACACAGGCUUUUAAAGUUUAAUAUAAAGAUAAUAAAAUUAUAGUUAAAGCACACACAAUGACCAGCCCCGUGGAACUGCUCAGCCUCGCAAAUCCCGUCUUCAAGAGUUUCGCCUUUUGGGUCGGAGUGUUGGUGAUCAAAAUGCUGGCGAUGAGCCUUCUGACAGGCUUGCAGCGGUUCAAGACAAAGACCUUCGCCAACCCCGAGGACCUGUUGUCCCCCAAGCUGAAGGUCAAGUUCGACGACCCGAAUGUGGAGCGUGUGCGCCGUGCGCAUCGCAACGACCUGGAGAACAUCCUGCCCUUCUUCGCCAUCGGUCUGCUCUACGUCCUCACCGAUCCGGCCGCCUUCCUGGCCAUCAACCUGUUCCGCGCCGUGGGCAUCGCCCGCAUUGCCCACACCCUGGUCUACGCCGUGGUCGUGGUGCCCCAGCCAUCCCGAGCCAUCGCCUUCUUCGUGGCCGUGGCCGCCACCGCCUACAUGGCCCUGCAAGUCAUCGCCUCUGCCGCCUUCUGAGCACAUAGGUCUAGUCCUUAUAAACAUUUUUUAAAUAAUUUUUUAAAUAUAGAGUUACGCCUGCCUCGGCUUUGGUGCUGUUGGAUAACAA